ACUUCACGCUGCUCCUUCUUCUACUUCUUCGUCUUCUUCUUGCUCUCUCACAGUCACUGCAACUCCGACGAGGAUCAGUCAAGGAGCAGAGGAAGAAGACGACUGCAGCUUCCAUACAACCCCCGACAGGGUAACUCUCUUCCGCGGCACAGCCCUUCGCUGUAAAUGAGGAACAAGAGCUUACUGCUCGCUCUGAUCGUAAUUCAUCACUCCCUGCACCAGCUCACCCUGUCCCUCACCCCCGACGGCCUGUCCCUCCUGUCCCUCAAGUCCGCCGUGGACGGCGGCGGCGGAAGUGCCUUCUCCGACUGGAACGAGGACGACGCCACCCCGUGCCGCUGGACCGGCGUCUCCUGCAUGAACAUCUCCGGGGACCCCGACCCGCGUGUGGUCGGGCUGGCCGUGGCGGGGAAGAACCUACGGGGUUACAUCCCCUCCGAGCUCGGCACGCUGGUGUACCUCCGCCGCCUCAAUCUCCACAGCAACAACCUGUACGGUCCCGUCCCCGAGCCGCUCUUCAAUGCCACGUCGCUCCACAGCCUCUUCCUCUACAGCAACAAUCUCUCCGGGCCCCUCCCCUCCUCGAUCUGCAACCUCCCGCGGCUCCAAAACCUCGACCUGUCGAACAAUUCCCUCUCUGGUUCCCUCCCCGAAAGCCUCGGGAACUGCAGGCAGCUGCAGAGGCUCAACCUCGCCCGCAACGACUUCUCCGGCGACAUUCCGGGCGGAAUCUGGCCGCCAAUGGACAACCUGGUGCAACUGGACCUGUCGUCGAACAAGCUCAACGGGUCGAUCCCGAAGGAAAUCGGAGAGCUCAAAUCACUCUCCGGCACGCUCAACCUGUCCUACAACCACCUCACAGGCGAAAUCCCGAAAUCGCUCGGGAACUUGCCGAUGGCGGUGAGCUUCGACCUCAAGGGCAACAACCUCAGUGGCGAGAUCCCCCAGACGGGCUCGUUCUCGAACCAGGGACCAACUGCAUUCCUCAACAACCCGCUCCUCUGCGGGUUCCCGCUCCAGAAGCCCUGCAAGAACUCGCCAUCGUCUCCCUCGGGUGGGGCCCAAGGCGCGGCACGGCCGAGAGAGAGUCCCAAGAGGGGCUUGAGCACGGGGCUGAUCGUACUAAUCUCGGCUGCGGAUGCUGCCGGGGUCGCCCUCAUCGGCCUUGUCAUCGUCUAUGUCUACUGGAAGAAGAAGGACAGCAACAGCUGCAGCUGUACGGGGAAGGGGAAGCUGGGUGGGAACGACAGAGGGCGUAACUGUAUCUUCCCCUGCCUCGCCGGGAUGAGCUUGAAGGCAGGCGAUGACUCGGAAAUGGAGGACCCCGAGAAGGCAGACAGAGAAGGUAGAGGAGAGGGGGAUCUGGUGGCAAUAGAUAAGGGGUUCACAUUCGAGCUGGACGAGCUGCUGAGGGCGUCGGCGUAUGUUCUGGGAAAGAGCGGUCUGGGGAUUGUCUACAAGGUUGUGCUAGGGAAUGGGAUCCCCGUGGCCGUGCGGCGGCUCGGGGAAGGUGGCGAACAGCGGUACAAGGAAUUUGUUGCCGAGGUCCAGGCCAUUGGUCGGGUCAAGCACCCCAACAUCGUGAGGCUCAGGGCAUACUAUUGGGCCCCCGAUGAGAAGCUCCUCAUCAGUGAUUUCAUCUCUAAUGGCAAUCUUGCCUCCGCCCUCAGAGGGAAGAGCGGUCAGCCUUCUUCGAGCCUCUCGUGGUCGACCCGACUGAGGAUUGCCAAGGGGACAGCCCGAGGCCUAGCCUACCUUCAUGAGUGCAGCCCCAGAAAAUUCGUGCACGGAGACAUCAAGCCAUCCAACAUUCUCCUAGACUCUGAUUUCCAGCCCCACAUCUCUGAUUUUGGCCUGAACCGCCUCAUUACCAUCACUGGCAACAAUCCUUCGUCGUCGGGCGGGUUCAUUGGGGGCGCCCUCCCUUACCUCAAGUCGGUCCAAUCGGAGAGGACCAACAACUACAAGGCCCCCGAGGCCCGGGUUCCUGGGAGCAAGCCCACCCAAAAAUGGGACAUCUACUCUUUCGGGGUUGUCCUGCUCGAACUCCUUAGUGGGAAGUCCCCUGAGCUUUCUCCCACCACGUCAACCUCCAUCGAGGUGCCCGACCUCGUGAAGUGGGUGAGGAAAGGGUUCGAGGAGGAGGUCCCGCUCUCGGACAUGGUGGACCCUGUGCUGCUCCAGGAAGUGCACGCAAAGAAGGAGGUCUUAGCAGCAUUCCACGUUGCCCUGGCUUGCACGGAAGCCGACCCUGAGGUUAGGCCUAGAAUGAAGACUGUGGCUGAGAACCUCGAAAAGAUCGGAACAUGAGAUAUGGAUCAUGGGCAUUGAUUCGAUCAGCUUCAUCGAGUUACUGCGAGGUUCGGGAAUUUAUCGAUCUCGUGAUCUGCGCAUUGCGCUGGAUGGAAUUUUUGAAGAGGUUUUAAGGUUCGUGCAGAGUUUUAUACCGUGGCUUAUUCGGAUCCUUAGCAGUGAGCAAAAUAUUUUCUGGAGGUUCAAUUUCUUUUCCUUUUUUUUUUUUAAUACAACGCUGUAAUUGGGAAAUGUGUACGUAACAAAUUUUUUUUUUUGGGUGGGCAUUUUAGGAAAUUACCUUCAUUUGUUAUUUAAGAAAUUGUAUCUCAUUUCCUCCCUAUGGUUGAUGUAAUAAUUUAGCCAAAAUGAAAAUGUUGAUUUUUGUAA